AUGAAAGCAGUAUUUAUCACAGGUACAGAUACUGAUGUUGGAAAGACAUUCGUAUCUGCGUUGUUGACAAAGGCUUGGGAUGCUAAUUAUUGGAAGCCCAUUCAAACAGGAUUGGAAUCGUGUCAAGGAGAUACUGAGACUGUGAAACAAUUGACUAAUUUCCCAGAAGAUCGAUUUGAAAGACCUCAAGUGGAACUCGAUAUUCCUUUAUCGCCAUGGAGGGCAGCCUUGAAAGAAAAUAAACCACAAAUAGAAGUUAGUGAAAUCAAGAUUCCGCCAAAGUACUUGAAUAGCUCAAAGCCAUUGAUCAUCGAAGGUGCAGGAGGGUUAUUUGUUCCAAUCAAUGAAACAGAGAUUACUACAGAUUUGAUUUUGCACCUUGAUAUUCCAGUUAUUUUAGUUGCUCGUAGUGGUUUGGGAACCAUCAAUCACACUUUGUUGAGUUUGGAACAUUUAAAGAAUCGUGGCAUAAAUAAAGUAUUUGUAGUCAUGAAUGGUCCAAUCAACAAAGAUAACGCUGAAGCAAUCGAAAAGUUUUCCAAAGGAAUUAAGAUUAUUGCCAAUAUCCCUCAUUCAAAGCCAAAUGACAUUGUUAGCCUCUUGAAAUACGUACCUAGUUUAGAUUCUAUAGAAAUAAUAAAUUGA